UAGUUACCUUAUAUUUAGGAGUAUCUACACAAAUUGAUAUGAUGUAUCUUUAUAUUUCCUAUUCUUACUCUGAUACAAUUUGUAUAUAACCUCUUGUACGCUAUUGCUAAUAAUGAAUCAAGGAAAUACAUUCUCCAAACCUCUUAUAUGGUAUCAAGAGCCUAUAUUGUCAAAAGACACUAAUACCCCAAAAACCCUACUGUUCUUCUUCCUUGCUGCCGCCGCCGUCGACUUCAGUCAUGGCCUCCGACGUCCCUUCGUCCUCCGACACCCUACCAAGUGACACAGUCACUCCACACAAUACGGCAGAUCCGGCCUCGACAUUGAUUAACGUCAACGUCUCUAAUGUCUCUAAGCUCACGGGGACAAACUACAUCACUUGGUGCAUCCAAAUCCAAACCCUCUUGGAAGGCUACAAUCUCGACAAUUACCUCGAUUCGACAUCUGCUCCAUCAGCCACCGUCAUCGUUAACAAUACAGUCACACAAAAUCCUGCCUACCCUCCAUGGUAUCGCCAAGAUCGACUUGUUUUCUCGGCGCUACUUGGCUCUAUCUCAGGGCCCUGUCAAGCACUUGUUGCAACAUCUUCCACGUCGGCUGCUGCAUGGAGAACACUGGCCGACACAUAUGGCCGCUCUAGCCGCGGUCAUGUCAAGCAAAUUAAGGAACAAAUGAGACGCCACACCAAAGGAGCUAAAUCGAUGGACGAAUACAUGCAUUUCUUCAAGAUCAAGGCAGAUGAACUUGCUUUACUUGGCAAGCCUAUGGAUCAUGAAGACUUGGUAGACAUCAUUCUCGGCGGACUUGGCGAUGAAUAUAAAUCUGUCAAAGAUGCGGUUCAUGCUCGCGAUACAACAAUCUCAUUUGUUGAACUCCACGAGAGACUUCUCUCCCAUGAUGUCGAUCUGAAUGUCUCGGCGCAGUCGGACUUUCCAAUCUCGGCCAACACUGCUCGGACAACCUCUCGGCCUCCAUGGCGUGCUCGCGGGGGACGCCACAACUCCUCCAACUUUACAUCGCGCCACCCUCUAUCGCAACAUUCUGCCCCAUCCUAUCGGCCAUCACCUCGGCCCUAUCUCGGCAAAUGUCAACUGUGCGGUGUACAGGGACACAGUGCUCGGACAUGCCACAUGCUUCAUUCUCUGCCCUCUCGUCCAUCGGACCAAUACUCUGCCUCCGGCAAUUCAUCCUGGCAGCCGACUGCACAUCAUGCCUCAGCUUUGCAAUCGCAGCCUUCCUCUCCUUGGUUGCUCGAUUUCGGGGCAUCGCAUCAUGUUACCUCGGACUUGGCUAAUCUUGCUCUUCACACUCCGUAUCAAGGUGGUGAUGAAGUCGUCAUUGGAGAUGGUUCGGGGCUUGCGAUCACACACACUGGUGAAGGAUCUAAAAACGGGGGCAACACUAGCAACCGAGCCUCUUAAUCAUGGCGUAUACGAAUGGUCGACAUGUCGUUCUUCUUAUUGUUUACCCAAUAAGCCAUCGGCUCUUGCACUCUCAAGUGUUAAGACUUCUAUCUCCGAGUGGCAUUCUAGACUAGGUCAUCCGUCUCGUGACGUUCUUGAUUUUAUUGUCUCCCAUUUUUCACUUCCUUUGAGCUGUAAUCCACGACGCCCAAUGUCGUGUGAACCUUGCUAUAUUAAUAAAAGCCAUAAGUUAUCCUUUUCAA